AAGUUGGACUUGUGUCCACGCUGCGCAGCGGCUCCACUCAGCAUCUGUCUGUCUGCUCCGCUGCUGCCGCGCUCAGGAGGGCUGAAGAGAGUUUAAUUUGCUGAAAGGUCUUCAGCAUGACGUUCAGGAGGCUGAAGAAGGUGAACUCCAGCGGGCCCGACGGCGGGGCCACACGUCCGCACAACGACAUUUACUUCCCUUCGUCCAAGUCAGACAGCUGCGGCUCCGUGGACUUCCCCACGCGCGCCUCGGAGGUUUACAGCUACAGGGCUCUGGCUUAUUCCGGAGGAACUCUGCCCAGAAACUUUAAAAAGGGUGUUGGGCUCCAGAAGUGGAAACCUCUAACUCAGUCACCAGAACCACAAAGGAAGGUGGUGUCCCUGGAGAAGAAAGAAGAGGAGACGUUUGGCUUUGAGAUCCAGACGUAUGGGUUGCACCAUCAGGACCAGAACUCUGUGGAAAUGUGCACGUUUGUGUGCAAGGUGCACGAUGACAGCCCUGCCCAGCUCGCAGGACUUAAAGUUGGUGACACAAUCACAAGUGUGAAUGAGGAGAGUGUGGAGGGAUUUCGCCACAAGGACAUCGUCCAACUCAUCAGGGCCUGUGGCAACGCACUCAGGCUUGAGACGGUUUACAGCGACUCCAUCCGGAAAGCGGAGCUGGAAGCCCGGCUGCAGUAUCUGAAGCAAACUAUGCAUGAGAAAUGGGAUGAAUAUCGGUCACUGAUGGUGCAGGAGCAGCGGCUUGUUCACGGCAUAGUAAUGAGUGACGCUGCCAUCUACGAGUCACUGGAGUCAGCAGGUGUGUACGGCAGCCUGGGCACGCCCAGCCCCGCUGUUCGUAGAGCGCUCCGCAGCACCGGCAGCAGCACAAGCUUCCCGAGCACAGCCACUGAAGACGACCCGCUCUACCAGACCUGUUUGUACCAGGCGGAUGGCAGCAUGGACUCGGACCUCACGGGCGACGACGAGAGCAAAGAGCAGCAGCCAACACAGAAGCAGCAGCGCCUGCGACCUGCCAGCGAACACUUCACUACGGCCAAGACGCAGCUGACACGCAGCGCCAGCACACGCAGCUACGUUAGGGGGCCAACAUUGCCGCCUGCCUCGGGGGAGAAGCACGGAGGAGUCGGCUCACUGCAGAGAAAGCCCAAACCGAAAAGCUUCCGUAGGCGCCUCCUGAAAUUCAUCCCCGGCUUGAACCGACCGCUGGAGGAGGAGGAGAGUAAGCUGUGACCUUUUGCACCGAAACGCCAAACAGAACAAAGACUGUAAAUACCUGUGACUGUGAAAAUAACAUCCAAAGAGUACAAGCAGCCCCAAAGAGUGAAGACAUUGAGACCAAAGUGUAAAAGCUUUACAGUUCCACAUCUCCAACUUCUGGCUGCAUCAGAAGCUUUCAGUGUUUCAGAACCGUUAACAUUUGUCUGUGUUGUGUUCUUUAAGUUAUUUAUUUAUUUUAGCAUCUCUGAAGGACUUUUUAGAGGAUUGCCAGUUGUUUUUUUCUUUUGACACCUCGAUUAAAGACCUGCUAUAGGAUUGUUCCACAAAACACUUUGUUAAAGAUAGAUGUGAUAUCUCCUUUUGAUAAGCCGUUCUAUUUCAUCUCGAUCAUUGUCCUUGAAAAUAAAACGUCGUUUUGAGAUUA